AUGUCCUCACAAGGAGGCUCCCAGGCCAUUGUGGCCAACGAUUCUGGUCUUCUGCAGCUCCUGUCGACCAACACAGCCACCUCAGCCAAGUACAAAAACCCAGACCUCUUCCAGGUUCUCCUGCAAAUCCUGGCCAGCUCAGAUUUGUUCGUGAAAGUAGAGGUUCUCGACGGCAACAACAACCGGAUAGUGCCGCCUGUCCACACUCCAUAUAAACAGUUCUCUGGGAACAAGAGAGUGUGGGAUUCCGUACUAAAACUUCCAAUUAACUAUAGCCAGGUGGACUACAACGCCUACUUGAGCUUUGAGCUUCUUGAGAUUGUCCAGACGAAACCUACACGGUUUGCUGAAGGGAGGUUAUCGUUGUUUAACCAUGAGAACGGGACGCUUCGAAAGGGUACUUAUAAGGUGCCAAUUUACACGGGAAGCGGCGGGGAGGUCAAUUAUAAGGAUGAGAAUUGCACGACGGCGCUUGAACGGAAGUUGAUAAACUACGAAAACGGCGCUUUGAAGAAAGAGCCAUGGUUGGAUACCAUUCUGAUGCCGAUAGUGGAUAAGCUUAAACGGCAGGAAGCCAGUCCAAACGCCGAAGCACCGUACCAUUUGUUUGUGGAGCUUCCCAAUUUUUCAUUGCCCAUUGUCUUCCUGGACAUCACAUAUGAGCUUCCUAGUCUUGCCAUAGAUACACUUCCCCAUGCUGAUUACCUUGAUAAGACGCAGUUGGGCACGGAAAGCGCUGGCGCCAUGGUGCUCACGUCGGUGGAUUUGGCGCCCAGGAAGCUCUACGAUCCAGAUUUCGAUUUGCUGACGCUCCACAACUUCAACAGUACAGGAGAAGCGUCUGUUCCUGGAAGUGCUGGCGUUCCUGGCCAAACAGGCGUCAGUGUUCGUUCAGCGCCUUUGGACCCGAUCGAAAAGAAAUUUAACAUUUUAUCCACCAGCAUCAACAACAACUCUUUGCUCGAUAAAGAGGUCAAACCGUCACCGCAGGACCGUGACGAGCUCGGCAAGAUCUUACGCAAACCGCUGAGCGCUGUUUUGGCAGAUAACGAAAAACGCAUGUUGUGGAAGUACCGGUACUAUUUUUCCAAGAACCUGGGCGACGAUACGCAGAUCCAGGCUGGGCCUCUGCAGAGCCAGCGGCAGUUUUUGACCAAGUUCUUUAAGUGUUUCAAUUGGGAAAACGAGCUGGAGCUUGACCAUGCGCUUAAAGAGAUUUUACCGUUUUGGAGCGUCGAAAAGAUCGAUAUGGGCGAUGCCUUGGAGCUUCUCAGUAACCAGUUUAACCCUUAUAACCUUACAGCAGCUCUUCGUCGUCGUCUAGUGGAUACUUCAGGUACAGGCAGAGACGUCAACACAGCAGAAGAGCAAAAGAUCGAUAAGAUAUUCAAAUAUGCCAUGAAACUUCGUGAGUUUGCCGUGGAUCGGUUGAAGUUGGCUUCGGCAGAUGAGCUUCUUUUGUACCUUCUUCAGCUUGUACAAGCACUCAAGUAUGAGGUUAUUGAAGAAGGCCAGACAUCUUUGGAAAAAGCGCCAUUGGCGAAGUUUCUAAUUCAGAGGUCAGUGGAAAACGGCAUUUUGGGCAAUUUCUUCUACUGGUACGUGAAGGUUGAAAACGAAGACCAGCUUAAUGGAGGAGGCAAUAUCCCCCAGUCAAAAGCUGUCAACGGAGCCAUCUACGGUGUGGUUCUAAACACGUAUAUUGAGAAGCUCAGAGAGUUCUGCCACAAGACGAAGCUGCCCCAGUACAAGUACUUGAAGAGGCAGAUAGCGUUCAUCAAGAAACUUACUGGUCUUGUGGAGAAGAUCAGAACGACAUUUAAAAGGAACGAAGCGACUGCUAAGAAAGUGCAGUUCCUUCGGGAGUACUUGGCAGAUCCGCUGAAUGAAAUGCUCAAUUUCCCUGACCCGUUCCCGCUUCCUUUAGACCCUUCAGUGAUCAUUUGUGGUUGUCAUCCAGAUGAGUCGUCAGUGUUCAAAUCUUCACUAGCGCCCUUAAAAAUCACCUUCAAAACCAUCACCAACUUCAAAGAACGCCUGCUGUCGUCACAUUCUUCACAGAUCUUUGGUGGUUCAAAGAAACACAAGCACGGGAAGUACCUGCUCAUGUUCAAAAUCGGCGACGAUUUGCGCCAGGACCAGUUGGUAAUCCAGAUCAUCAACCUUAUGGACCAGCUCUUGAAGAAUGAAAACUUGGACUUGAAACUCACGCCGUAUAAGAUUUUGGCCACCAGUCCCAUUGCUGGGCUUAUCCAGUUUGUGCCUAAUGAAACCUUGGAUGCUGUUUUAUCUGCAACUUACGAUAACACAACAAGCACAAGUGCUGCUCAGGCAGGCGCCAACACCGCCAACGGCAUUCUUCGGUACCUUCAGCUCCACAGCAGAAUGCUCCAUCACGAAGAGCCAGAAUCUCAGAGUGUUCUAGGAAAGAAAAAAAAUAGCAUUCCUCUGCAAGAACAAGAACAUGCUGUUUCAAGUGAUCUUGGAGUGUCGCCAAUUUUGAUGGACAACUACGUCAAGUCGUGUGCUGGUUAUUGUGUGAUAACGUACCUUCUAGGCGUGGGCGAUCGACACUUGGAUAACUUGCUUCUUUCGCCAAAUGGUAAGUUCUGGCAUGCCGAUUUUGGGUACAUCCUUGGAAGAGACCCUAAACCGUUCCCACCAUUGAUGAAGCUUCCAAUUCAGGUUAUUGACGGCAUGGGUGGAAUGACACAUGAAAACUUCAAUAUCUUCAAAAACUACUGUUUCAUCACGUACACGACGCUCAGACGAAACAGCAACUUGAUCUUGAACCUCUUCCAGUUGAUGUUGAACGCCAAUAUUCCAGAUAUCCAGAUCGACCCCAAGCGAGUUGUGGAGAAAGUCGAAGAGAAAACCUUAUCAUCGACAGUGUGA